AUGGAUCUAACUAUUCAACAUUUAACAUUCUUUAUUAUUCAAAGUUUAAUUAUUUUAUUAAUUAUUAUUAUCACAUCAUGUGAUUCAUUGGUGUACAAAGAAAAAUUCACAAAUCUUCCAUUUGGUCGAUGUCAUUUAAAACAUUUCAAUAAAUUAGAUUCAAUAAAUUGUCCAAAUAAAUCAUGUAGUCAACAUAUUGAUUGUUGGGUUAGUUAUGGUCCAUCACAAAGAUGUGUUUGUGAUCCAAUCAAAUGUGGAUCAGUAUGCUUACAAGAAAAUGCUAAAUGUCCAGAUCCUGCACCAUUAUUAAACGGAAAUGUUGUAUUCAAUGAUACAGAUGUUGGAGACAUUGUGGAAUAUACAUGUAAACCAGGUUUAACUGUUCGAGGACAGCGUAAACGAUAUUGUUUAGCAACGUUAAGUUGGAGUGGUGAGGCACCAACAUGCAGUAAUCAGACUGAAACUUGUUUUAGUCCACCGGCUAUCUUAAACACACGAAUAAUUCAGUCAAAUCAAAAUGUCCCAGAGAAGAUUCGUGAUGACUUUCGAUCAGGUGAAAAAGUGAGAAUUGAAUGUAUUCCUGGAUAUAUGGAUUCAGAGAGACAAUUUAUAGAAGCAUCAUGUGUUGGAACGGAAUGGUACUAUUCAGAAUUGAAAUGUGAGAGAGUGUCAUGUGGUUUUAUAAAAGAACCAGCUUAUGGAUAUAUUCAAUACAAAUAUGAUCAAAGUUUUCAAGCAGAAGCAAUUAUCUUAUGUUCAGAAGGUUAUAAUGUACAUUGCGAUACUGGUUUGUUGUCAGUGGAGAAUGGCUUAGGUUGUAAACGUAUUUGCUUAGAAAAUGGAUCGUGGUCAGGAGAAGAGGUAAUGUGUAAAGCCAUUACCUGUACAGAACCACAAGCAAUUUUAAAUGGUAAUAGUGUGAUUAGUUCACUUAAUGUGAAUGGAACACAUAUAUCUAAAUGUGAUGAAGGUUAUGAACUUCAUGGAUCACAGCAAAGAAUUUGUCAAACAAACGGAAAAUGGAGUGGAUCGGAACCUUAUUGUAAAAAAAAAGAUUGUGGACCACCACCUCAAAUUCAAAACGGUGAACUAUCAUUUAUAACCACAACGUAUGGAAGUAAAGGAAAAGUAAUAUGUGAAGCAGAUACAACGUUGUCAGCUGAAAGUGAUGAAGUUAUUUGUAGUGUAAAUGACACCAAGGCUAUAUGGAAACCGCAACCAUUUCCACAGUGUUAUAGACAUUGCUAUCUAUUUACUGUAGAACAUGGAGAUGUCUACUUAAUAAAUAGUAAAAAUUAUGGUGAUAAACAGAUCAUACCAAUCACUACUGAAGAAUUUGGCAUAGAAGGGAAUACACAAAUACACUUCACAAAUGCUAUCUCUAAUCAAAUUAUUUUACCUGGUGGACGAGUUAGACAUGGAUCAGAAUUGAAUGUAACAUGUCACAUAGGUUAUGCAUUGAUUAAACCAAAUCACCCAAUUACUAUUUGUCAAAAUGGAGUUUGGAGUGUUCGAAGUAAAUGUACUCCUGCUCCAUGCAGAAGACAACCACCAAGUUAUCCUGGUGCCAGGGUGAGAUUUUAUAGUCUGAAACACAACUCCUUAGCAAGAUAUGAACCAUUUCCUGGCUACGUGAUGACUGAUAGUCCUAAGAAUCUGCAUCAAAUAGACAAAGUGAAUACAUAUGAAGAUCCUAAAGGAACUUUACGUUGCUUAUAUGGUGAAUGGGUUGGAGCUCCCUUGAAAUUCGAACCAAUGCAUUGUCCGCCUAUAGACAUAAUUGCACCAUUAAAAGCAAAUGUUUCAAUUGAUGGAAUGUUAUUUGAUUUUCAUGAAUCAAAAAUAAUCCUAAAACAAGAAACAAUUAUAAUAUUCUCAUGUCCUAAAGAAUAUUAUCUAGAUGGUCCUAAAUACAUAGUGACUUUCUCUUCAGGAGUAAAGUCGAUUUGUAAAUUUCCCCUUUGA